AUGCUAUCGAUUAAGGCAAAAGUAGGAUUGGGGAUUCUAUUCUCCUAUACCUCAUUUGAAGUGUAUAUGCAAUUAAGAACACAAUAUGUGAUUAGAAGACGGAAACAAGAGUAUCAAAAGUUAAUAUCUACAUCAAACACUGAUGGAGUUGAUUUCUCUAAAUUCAAAUCUGCCACCGUUGCAGGAACUUUUGUUAAUCCAUUCGAAGAGUAUAGACCUCAAACUGCUUUUGAAUUUCUUAUGGUACGAAUUAUGGAGGCCAUAGAAAGCAUCUAUGGGAAUCAAUUUGAAUUGCACAAUAAACUUCCAGGAGGAGAUACAAGAGACAUUGAAGAUGUAUUGAAGCUGCACAAGCCGGACUUGGAGUUGCUCAGACAUAAUUCCACAAUUCUUCAAAAAUGUUUGGAACUAAACGACUUCCAAAACUUGGAUGUCACAACUUCACCUUCCAAGGGAAUCUCAGCAAUAUUUAGCAAGGUAGCCCAACCUAAAUUACGAGAUCAAAUGCUUUUCACUUGGAUAGGUCAAUCAUGUGCACUCGUACAACUCAGUGGGAUUAAUAUUUUGACCGAUCCAAUUUUAAGUAAUCAUUUAAUCAGUCCCUCUGUCGGUCCUAAAAGACUUGUACCAGCCCCAUUAAGCUUGGAAGAUAUCAAUUAUGCCACCAAUAACAAGGUUGAUUUUGUUUUGGUUUCGCACGAUCAUCCGGAUCAUUUGGAGUUGGACUUGGCCAAAAAGGUGGGUAAUAAAACCAUGUGGAUAGUGCCGUUGGGCUUGAAGAAAAAGCUUGCAAGAAAAGGAAUAUAUAAUGUCAUUGAAAUGGAUUGGUGGGACACUUUACCAUUGAAUGGAUAUAUAGGAAACGGAACUUCCAAUCUAACCGACAAGUAUGAAGUUACAUGUGUCCCCGCAAUGCAUUGGUCUGGAAGGUAUGUUAUUGAUUCAAACACUUCUUUGUGGUGUUCUUUUAUCAUCAGGAAGAACGGGGAAUCUGUUUUAUACCAUGCCGGUGAUACAGGAUAUCUGAAAGAACUUUUUGAAACUAUCGGCAAAGCGUUUGGGCCGUUAAAACUUUCACUUUUACCUAUUGGUCAAUAUUGUCCAUCUUGGCACCAAAAGCCUCGCCAUAUUUCACCAGCUGAAUCAGUUCAUAUUGCUGAUCAUUUGAAUCUGAAAUAUGUCAUGGGUGUUCAUUGGGGUACAUUUAAAAUUAGUAGUGAACCAAUUUUGGAACCAAAGUAUCUCUUGGAAAACAUCGCAAAAGAAAGGAAUCAAAGCGAUUUUAUUCAAGUACCAGAGUUGGGGUUAACUUAUUUAUACGAUUUGAAACUGGAUGCGCCCCCACAAGCUCGAAAGUAA